CGGGUAUAAAAACUGCCCGCGCGGGAGCCCCGGCCAGCUUUGGGGUUGUCCUGGGACGUGUCCUGCUUCCCGAGUCUCACGCUCUGGCGAAGGCGGCGGCCACAUAUCGUUUGACUAAAGGACUCACCGUCCAGUGCUCCAGCCGUAGACCCUAAGGGCCCGCCUCCAGCGCCGCCACCAUGCCCAACUUCUCUGGCAACUGGAAGAUCGUCCGAUCGGAAAACUUCGAGGAUUUGCUCAAAGUGCUGGGGGUGAACGUGAUGCUGAGGAAGAUCGCCGUGGCUGCCGCCUCCAAGCCGGCAGUGGAGAUCAAACAGGAGGGAGACACUUUCUACAUCAAAACCUCUACCACCGUGCGCACCACGGAGAUUAACUUCAAGGUUGGAGAAGAGUUCGAGGAGCAGACUGUGGAUGGGAGGCCCUGUAAGAGCCUGGUGAAAUGGGAAAGUGAGAACAAAAUGGUCUGCGAGCAGAGGCUUUUGAAGGGAGAGGGUCCCAAGACCUCCUGGACCAGAGAACUGACCAAUGAUGAGGAGCUGAUCCUGACCAUGACGGCGGAUGACGUUGUGUGCACCAGGGUCUACGUCCGAGAGUGAGUGGCUGUGGAUCUGACAGAU